CGCGCACGCACCGUUUGGUGACAAUGGCAAAUCACGUGCGCGCUCCCGCAGUGAAGCGACAAGAUGGCGGUCUCCGCCGGAUUAGCAGGUGUUAAAGUCCCACGUAACUUCCGGCUCCUGGAGGAGUUGGAGGAAGGUCAGAAGGGCGUUGGAGAUGGGACGGUGAGCUGGGGUCUGGAGGACGACGAGGACAUGACCCUGACCCGCUGGAGGGGCGUCAUCCUCGGUCCCCCCAGGACGAGCUUUGAAAACAGGAUGUACAAUCUGAAGGUUGAAUGUGGGCCAGAAUACCCAGAAUCCCCUCCGUUUGUCAGAUUUGUGACCAAGAUCAACUUGAAUGGCGUGCACACCUCCAACGGCGUGGUGGACAUGCACGCGGUCACCUCUCUCUCCAAGUGGCAGAACUCCUACAGCAUCCGGAUGGUUCUGCUGGAGCUGCGGCGCCUCAUGACCUGCAAGGAGAACAUGAAGCUGCCUCAGCCUCCAGAGGGCCAGACCUACAGCAACUGAUCCCCCCCCCCUUUACCAUGUCACACACACACACACACACACACACACACACACACACACGUAUAAACACACACACAUAUUGAUCUGUAAACACAUAGAGCAGUGUUUCUCAACUUUUUCCUCAAACUGUUUUCUUACCAAGGACCAAUUAUAAAAACACACGGACCACCUAUGUUUGUUUAUUAGUCAAUUUAUUGAACACGUUAGAAACAAAACAAACAAUAAUAAUAAUUAUAACACAAAGAGAAGCAAAAUAAAAACCGUUCAAUAUAAAAAAUUUAAAAAGUUUGCGUCGUUCCAAAUGUUCCCAAUAUGCUUGAGAGACCUUUGAGAAACACUGGAGCAAAUGACCAACUGACACACACACACAGUUAUUGACCCCCCCAUCACUGGAGCUCUGGGUGGACCCCCCCCCCUCUUUGUCCACCUCAGAUUUGAUCAUUGAAUACUGUACAUGUUACUAAUCUUUUUUUAUUAUUAUUUGUUAAAAAAUGCAGAUUGUACAAUAACAUAAAUAAUCUUAUUGAGUGUAACCUCUC